CCGUCAAGAGAGGACAAGUUCAUGUAGGCAACUGACCUUGUGAUAAAAUACUUCUCUUACCCUAACCAGCGUAAAAAAAAAGAUGUCAUCUCCGCAGCUGCCAGGGUUAUCAUCAUUACCAAAACCAUUGCUCAACUCUGGAUUUCGGAUAUCCAAAGUGGCUGCCAUGCUGGGCACCUACCUGAUCAGCAGGUACUUCAGUACGCCCAGUGGUCAGAAGAGCAAAGUCAACCUGUCUCUGAAUAAAGACAGCGCUAAGGUGGUGCACAGUUUUGACAUAGAGGACAUCGGCUCCAAAGCUGUCUACUGCCGGUGCUGGAGGUCUAAGAAAUUCCCUUAUUGUGACGGCUCACACAGCAAACACAAUGAAGAGACUGGAGAUAAUGUUGGUCCUCUCAUCAUUAAGAAGAGAGAUGCUUAGGUGGGGAUUCUCUCUUAGAUUCUGUGGGUGACGGUUUUGUGUCUACGUGUCUGUGCGUUUUUGUUAAUGUGUGUGUGCAAUGCUAUAAAAUUAAUUUAACAACCAAGACAGUAGGGGGCGCUAAGUCACUGAGUGGCUUACGGGAAGGAAUUUCUGAAAACUCUGCUUGGCGUGAUGCUCUCGGCAACAGUAAAAUUUUACAUAGCCAUUUUAAAAUGAGCGUUGCUUUAAAAGUUUCAAAAUAUACUGAACCUAAAAAAAAAAGUUAUUUUACAGCAUUGCAUCUCUGAAUGAGAAAAUUAAUUGAAAUCAUAAAUUUGUCAUUGUUUAGCUUAUAGUGCAGUCACUGACGUGACCUGCUGAAGUUGUUGGCUCAAUUUUAUCAUGAGCCAGAUUUACUCAGCUUUGUUCCAAAUCUACGCAGACAGAGUAAAACGGGGCAGACUACUCCAAGUGCACUCUUCACUUAAAGGACAGAUGAACCACUCAGCGAUUUAACAUACCAGUUUGACUUCAUUUCUCCAUAUCAAACUAUGUCUAUAACAUGGGUUUGAAUUGGAGUUUAGUGAUUCAGUACUGUAACUGAGGUUUACAACUGGAAGGCACUGACAUGACAUCACUGUGUUUCAUUUGCUCCAUCUGUGUUUCAGGCACUUUUCAAGGCAGGUAAAAUCAGAGGUACUGCUCAUCUACAUUAUUCUGAAUGUUCUCAGAAGAUUGCACAAAUGAAUAUUUUUGUUCAGUGUUGAUUUUAAAGAAAUGAAUACGCAUUGAUAAAAUAAUCUGUGCAUAUGUAGUAUUUAAAAAUAUAUUGUCCCACUUCUUUGAGGCAUUUGAUGUGACUCUACUGUUAGAAAUGAUACAUAUGUUUUAAUGUUUAAGAAAUCUAUUUUGUCUCAUUUUAAUGAUCAAACUGAUGAUAAUACUAUGUUUUCAUGUGCAAACAGAGUUAUAUUUUGAAUAAACAUUGUCUCAAGUGAU